AUGGCGGCAAAAGGGCUGGUCGUUUAUCUUCUUACGGGCUUCUCCUUGGCCCUCCUCUCUGUUCAUUUCGUCAACAAUCGCGCGAAUGGCGGUUACGAUAAACCAUUCAUUCUGUCCUCGUCCGAUUCGAAAGCUCCGGGGAACAAGUACGGGUCCGAAUCGAAGUCCUGGCCCGAAUUGGAAUUCAGUUGGAGAAUUGUUAUGGCGACCGUCAUAGGAUUUUUGGGGUCGGCUUGCGGCACGGUGGGUGGGGUUGGCGGCGGUGGCAUUUUUGUGCCCAUGUUGACUCUGAUUGUGGGCUUUGAUACCAAGUCUGCUGCUGCUAUUUCCAAGUGUAUGAUAAUGGGAGCCUCUGCUUCCUCUGUGUGGUACAACUUGAGGGUGCCCCAUCCAUGCAGGGACAAGCCGAUUCUCGACUAUGAUCUGGCGCUCUUGUUCCAGCCGAUGCUCAUGCUGGGAAUUACUCUCGGAGUUUCUCUUAGUGUGGUCUUCCCCUAUUGGCUGAUUACUGUCUUGAUCAUCAUCUUGUUCUUGGGCACUUCUUCAAGGUCAUUUGCCAAGGCGAUUGAGAUGUGGAAGGAGGAAACUAUGUUGAAAAAAUCUAUCGAAGACAAGAAAACAUUCGUUAAUUCUCGCGGAGAGUUGCUGAUUGAUGCUGAUUAUGAGCUUUUGGUUCCAAGAGAGGAGAAAACACCAUGGCAAAUUAUGAGGGGAAACCUCAACAUCAAGAGAAUGUUAAUGCUGCUUUUAGUAUGGGUUUGCUUUUUGCUUCUUCAAGUGAUGAAGAAUGACAUGAGAGCUUGUAGUACAUGGUACUGGGUUCUUACCUUAUUACAGCUUCCGGUUGCUUUUGGAGUGUUCUUGUACGAAUGUGUUAAGCUGUACAAGGAAAACAAGAAAAGGCGGAUCGAUGGCAAUCCGGAACUAAUUUGUGAGGCGGCAAUUGAUUGGACAGGCACAAAUCUCGCCUUUUGUGCCCUUUGUGGCAUCAUAGGGGGCACAGUUGGUGGCUUGUUGGGUUCGGGUGGCGGUUUUGUUCUUGGCCCCCUCUUGCUUGAAUUUGGAGUAAUCCCACAGGUGGCAAGCGCGACAGCAACAUUCGUGAUGAUGUUCUCAUCAUCCUUAUCGGUUGUUGAGUUUUAUCUCCUCAAGAGAUUCCCCAUGCCAUACGCUUUGUACUUGAUGGCUGUGUCAAUAUUGGCUGGCUUCUGGGGACAGUUUUUCAUCAGAAAGAUGAUCACAAUCCUAAAAAGAGCUUCACUCAUUGUUUUCGUCUUGUCGGGCGUCAUCUUCGCUAGCGCUCUCACAAUGGGUGUUGUUGGAAUAGAGAGGAGCAUAAAGAUGAUAAACAACCAUGAGUUCAUGGGGUUCUUGGAUUUUUGCAGCAGCCAAUAA